CGUCAGAGGGAGCGCUCACCACAGUUAAGACUGGUUUGUCUGCCCUGGAACUCUUGCGCUAAUCGCCACACUACAAUCAGCCGCUAGAAGAACAGAGUACCAGUCUAACCACAGUGACGAGAGAUUUUACUCGGAAUGGUGUACGUGUCGGAAGGCCAAGUCCUUGACUCCAGGUCGCCAUGGCGACUAUCAGUCAUCCCAGAAUUGUUCUGGGGCUUCAUCAAUUUCGUUUUACUGUUCUUCCAGACCAUGUAUGAUCCCAACAAGACCAAGCAUGGCAGUAGCCACACUUCUGACUACAGGCCUGGGGGACCCCCUGGUCCAGGUCCACGCAGGAGGAUGGGAGGAUUCAGGGGCGGACCAGGGGCGCCAAGUCCUCCGCCAAUGGGAGGGGGAGGAUGAGGAAGGUAAAUGCCCUGUGAUCAACACCGCUGCAGUCUGCUAGCUGGUGGGAAGAUAUCACUGGGCCUUACCCUCACAUGGCCUGUCUCAAGCAUGUUUUGCACAUUAGAUCCCUGACUAAACUGGAACUUCACCAACACUGAAUACAAAGGGUCCAGUAAAUUUGAAUAUUGGUGUGAAUGUGAGGAAGUGAAGAGUAACUUCCCCUUAUGUUCUUUGCUGAUUAACUUUCAUUUCUAAACAUCCAUUUGACAGGCCACGCCAUCUAGUAUUUAACAGUGGUUGCUAUGGUAAUAGCAAUAUUAUGAUGCGUUUUCUUGAAACUCAAAACUGGGUUGGAAAAUGUUGAUGUCACUGUUUGCUAGAGGCUUCAUUUUGUACAUUACUCAUCAAUUUGAACAAUACACAAGAGACAUGGAAGGCAAUGUGUCUUUUAUGUCAAUUACUGAAAUGAGGGAGAAAAAUAUAAAAAAAAUAUCAAAACCCUAAUUUUGUUCAUACAAUAAAUGUUCCAUAUUAUGUUUUGUCAAUUGUCUCGACAAAAACCUGUAUAUAUGCUGUUCUUUUGUACAUAAUUACAAAGCUACCUACAUGCCCAAUACAUGUUUCAUCCUUGAGGGAUUUUAUUUAUUCUAUAAUUAAACAGGGCUAGAUAUGGUCAACAGUCCCCAUGUUGUGCAAUUUAAAAGAUCAGCCAAUUUUAGUACAAAAUCUAGUAAAAUUAUGAAAGACUAGAUUGAAGUAAGUUUUGGAACUUUACAGUUUCAUGAUUGGUGUCUACUUGACUUUUUUGUGGUUUUAAUUGUCAACAGAUAGUGUUGUGAAAAUGUAAACAUUUUGCAUUUAGGUCAUGUUAUUCCAUGUUGUUGGAGUUGUUAACUACACGGUCUAACUGUUCUGUUGUUUUAUCAUAAGACUCAGGUAAUACGAUCAUAUAUAAAUCGUUUAUAAGAUGUGACACACCUACAUGUCAAAGUGGCAGUCAUACCACCUUGCUAAACUGCCCAAUAGUUAAGGUAUCAUAAGGAAAUUGCCCUUUUAAGGGAUUUGGUACAUGUAAUAAGGACUAGUGGACUAAAAAUGUUAGUGUCUACCGCAGCACUUGAUGUCAUGUUUCAUCUUGUUGUGGAAUACCUGAAUCUCCAGUGAAAAUUUAGCACAGGAAUUUCCUUUGAGCACAUAGAUGUUGACUCCACACCUUGAAACCAUGUGUUAACAAAUCUUUAUGACUUGCCAUUAGUUAGAUUUAAGUUUUUUUUUCUUUACUGGUUUCAAAUCUUUAAGAUUUUUUUAUGAGAAAAUGUCAUGAAAAUAAGUCAUCCAUGAUAACUAUUGUGAGUAAAGACCAUUUAUGUUAUGGUAACAAUGAUUGGAUCAGUUUGUAUGCAAUUGGUUGCAGCUGUGUAAAAUGUGAAAUAAAAUCUAACAUUUUUAUGA